AUGAAAUUAAGUUAAUAUCAGAUUAAAGAAUAAGUUUCCGCACUUGCAAUCGCAAUAUUUAUCUCAUUUGGUGGAGCCCUACUCACAGGGAUUUUCUUUGGAUUUCAGUUUCCAUCUCUAGGACGCUUUAAAGGAUAUAGAUGGAAGCCAAUUAUCAAAGUAUUGUAAGUGCCAUCCUUGACCAUAAUGAUAAUACUUGGAUGCUUAUCUAGAAAUUAUAUUGGCGGAAUAAUGAAUGCUUACCCUCUUCGAUGGACUGUAGUUAUAAAAAGUAUCUGUUUAUCAAUUUUACUCACAAGAAGUGGGUUAUUAAUGAAUAUCAGGAGAAAUUACUUCACUGUAGCAGCUCUCUCUAUCAUUCCCUAAAUCUGUGAAGUGAUAACCAUUGCUCUAAUCAGCUAUGGUCUAUUCAAAAUGCCCAUUACAUUAUGCUUUACUCUUGGUUAUUCAAUUGCUUGUUUAGGGCCUUCAGUGAUGAUACCUGUUCAUCUAUAUUUGAAUGGACAAGGUUAUGGAAAAGACAAAGCUAUUUUAAGCUAAUUAAUUGUGGCUGGGAUUUUCGAAGACACUCAUUGCAUAAUAUUUUUUGGUAUAUGUUAGACUAUUGCCUAUUAUUAAAACAGUAUGUAGACUACCUAGAGCUAUGGGCUAACUAUUGGACUUCUUUUUGUUGAUAAUUUAAUUGGGAUCGCAGUAGGCAUACUAUUGGGUUUAUCAGGACUAAUAUUCAGAUGUCUAUGUUAAAAUAAUCUAACACAAUAUAUCAAGUUGUGCUUUGUAGUUAUUUGUUGCAUUGGUAUUGGUGUUUCUGGUGAGGAAUCAUCUUUCAUUAAUGCUAAAUACAUAACGAGUUUGACAUUCGGAAUAACCUUAUAGAGAACAUGGGGGCAAUCAAGACCUAUAAAUGAGCUUAAAUGGUUUUAGUGGUGUCUUGGUCCUAUUUAUUUUAGUUCCGUUGGGGGUGCUGUGAAUCUAUCAGCGAUGAGGUAAUCAGAUAUUGGUUAUGGUGUUGUCUGUAUAAUGUCUGGAUUAGUAGUAAGAUUGCUAACUGUGAUUUAAGUCUCAUAAUUUUCCAAGGUCAAAUUCAAUUUCAAAGAAAAAUUGUUUAUGGCUAUCUCAUGGAUCCCUAAGACUGCUGUCUUAUCUACAUAAGGAUCUGCUAUUUUGAAUGAUGCUAUAGAUUAAAACAAUACUUAGAUGAUUGAAUAUGGAAAGAUAAUAUAAACAAUAUCAGUCCUUUCUAUUAUUAUAACUGCACCUAUCGGAGCAAUAUUGAUUAAUACAUUAGGGCCAUUACUACUUUAGUAAAAGAAUGAAUAGUAGUAAGAUACAGCGAUUGAAAUACCAAUAUAGUUGGAAGAAAAAUAAAUAUAAUAGAUUGCUUCAUCAAAUAAAUUUCAAUCCUAGGAAAAUAAUAAGCUAGUUACAAAUAGCACAGAAGUAGAUGAUAAAUGA